AUGGACCACCUGGACUUUCUCGACCUGUGCGCCGACGGCGACUUCCUCUCGCGCGGGCCGCGCCAGGACUUCCGUAGAGAGUUGCGCGGCUUCCGCGACCUCCUCUGGGACAACGCGUGGGGCGGCUUUGGCGUCUACCGCAAGAGCAUGGAGACCAUCGUGCACAUCGUCGUCAACGACGCGGUCGGCGGCGGCGUCGCGUCGUUUGACGCAGCCUUAAGACACCUCGACCGACUCGGCAGUCACUUGAGCUCGAUCGACGCCAAGGCUGGGAGCACGUACCUCCGCACACUGCGCUGGGGCAUGACGGGCUUCCAGGUCUUCAAGAACAUGGACACGCAUGGCAGGCCGAGCGCCGAUCUGCCCGACCACGCGCCGCUUCUCGAAAGCAUCAAGGCCGAGUGGAUCACGAUCGCAGGUGUCCAGAUGAAGAGCAUUGUUACGUGCUUUGAGUGGCUGCACGGGGCCCUUGGCCGCCUCGACGGCAAGAGCGAGACGACGCGUGCGCCCGUCCGGCACCACGCGCCUCGGGCGACACCACUUGCGUCGCCCGAGCGCGAGCCGUCGCCGUCGCCAACGCGGGUCGAUCCCAAGCCUCUGGGUGUGCGGACGACGUUGUACGACGAUGGCGACUCGGCGCGGACUGCCGUAGCGACGCGUGCAGAGCCGUCUCGGGUGUCGAGUAGCUAUGUGGCGCCUGUGCCGUAUCAAGCGCCGCCGCCUUUGCAAAUGGCGUCGAUGGAUAAGCCGCUCCAGGAUCUUGUAAAGAUGGUGCUUCUGGAGCUGCAAGACCGGUACCGGGCGCAGCUGCGACCUCGCUUCUACCAGCAAUGUACACGUGCUGCGUUUUGCAAAAUCCCAGGCUGCAACUACUGGCACACGGACGAGGAUAGAAUCCUCGUCGGUGUGACGCGGGCGAUCAUGAUGCGAGGUCUAUGGAAGACGACGUACUGUAAGUAUGGCUCCGAGUGCCCGUACCUUCAAGGAGGCUGCAACCAUCUGCACGACCACGACGGCCGAGAGAUUGAUCAGAUGAAGAGCAUGGCCAACCGCCUCGUCGACCGAGUGCUAGAAAAGGCGACGGGCGAGGUUGAGGUCCAUUUUGUGAAUGGCAAGAAGGUCAAGGUGCUCACGUAG